AUGGUCAAGAUGGGCAAGCGGGGCAAGAUGGCUGAAGCAACAGACUCCAUUAGGCCCUUCAACCCUGAAGAUGUGCUCAAGGCACCGAUAAUCUACGUUAAUGAUCCGGCUGACUCCAUGCCUCAUGCUCACUAUUUGGCUGACAUGAUCCCGGUCUCGACCACUGUCUACCUGACCAAUCCCGACAUUCCCGAGGGCUGUGGCUUUAAGAGCUGCGACCUAGUGGCUUCCUACAUCCGCAAUGGCGCCUUCACUCACAGUGUGGCCGUGAUCAUCGAUAAGUUGUCAGAUGGAGAGACCAAGUACAAGAUCGACAACGCAACAGUUCUACGCCAGGAGGCGAUCAAGAACAGUACCAAUUUCGUCAGCGUCAACCUCUUCUACGACGAGCGUACUCCGGCCGACGACUUUUCCAAAUGGGGUACCAACCAUAUCGAAAUGCGAAUUGGCAAGCACAGCGUGGCAGAAGUCGCCGAGCGUAUCUUUCGAACUCUCUUCAAACUAUUCAGUGUCAAAGAGACGUUGCAUCUGAUCCCGGAGAGUGAGAUGUUGGCCAUCGACACAGACAACUACGGGGAGUACAAGUACUGUCCGGUCGGCGAUAGCAGUAAGCCGCAGCCGAACGAGAAGGUUCAGUUCGUCGUUCUGGUCCUCACGAAGCCUGUCGUGACGCCAGAUCAAAAACUCACAUGGACUGUUGUGGACAGAACCGGUAUUGCCAAUUUCUAUUUCCAAUACCGAGGUGAAUCCUCUCAAGCAACUUGGGACUGGGUUCUUACCUUCAAGCCCGGUGAGCGCCGGAUCCUGCCGCGCAUGGAGAUGGUCGAGGUCAAGGAACGGAAGACCGUGCGGGUUGUCAAAGCACCUUUCCGCGUUGUGGGAACUGUGGUUUCAACCACUGGUCUCACGCUUCGCCAGAUCGGCCAUGGUGUCGCGAAACUCGGCGAGCUGACCAAGCUGGGCAAGAGUUCGAAGUGGGUGGCAAAACAAGACCUCGUCAAUGGCAAGAAGGUCAACUGGACCGAUGUGUUCAAGAAGGAAGGUCAGCUCAAGGACGCACAAUUGGACGAGGCUAUCAGGAAUGCCAAUGCCGCUGCUGUCAAGAAAACGCCCGUCCAGAUCUUCAACAAGACAGGUCAGAAGAUUUGGGAAGACACGGACAGUGUGGCUAGCACGGCUGCGCUGAGCGAUGAGGACAGAGAUGACUUUGUCUGUGUCUUUGACGAUGAGAAGCCCAAGGAGUUUUGCUGA